CAUGCAGCAUGUAGCCUUGCCCCCCCUGCCAUGUGCUCUGCUGACAUAACUUCCUCCCGUCAGCUGACAGCCAUCCCCUCACACACACACACAGGCUGUACGGCGGCGCUCAUCAGUGGGCUCAGGCUGCCCGGUUUCUCGGAUCAUGCAAUCCGCGGCUGAGCCGGAUCACAGAGACGCUGCUAGCUGGAGCUCGGCUGUGAGUGUUCGCUCAGGGGCGCCGCCUGCCUGCCGCUCCAGCUCCUUAUCUUCACGCCGCCUGCUGCUGCAAAUCCAGCUGCCGCCGCUGCUAUAAGAAGAGCGUUUGUGGAGUCGCCUGGAAGUGCACGUCUCCUGUGUCCCCGAGCCAGACCCCUUGCUCUGUCAGUGUGGAUGAACGCCGCCUUCACCUAUCUCCCUUCCACACACACCUACUCCCUGGGAUUACAAAGACAGCAUUUCCUGCUGUGUCCCCCCCUCCUCCAGCCGGCUCUCUGGGGGGUGCAGCGAGAUGAACAGGUCGUGUCCGGGGGUUGGCUUGCACCUUCUAUUAUUGCUCCUUACGGCUUGUCUACUCCGGGUCCAUGGAACAAAAACAUUGUGUGACGAGCACCAUUUUCAGUGUGGUAAUGGACGUUGUAUUACGGAAGUAUGGCGGUGUGAUGGCGACGAGGACUGCGCUGAUGGAUCAGAUGAAAGCUCAUGCAUAAAGAAAACCUGUGCAGGGUCAGAUUUUGUUUGCGGCAAUGGCCAGUGUAUUCCAGAACGAUGGCAGUGCGAUGGUGACCCAGACUGUGAAGAUGGAUCUGAUGAGACAUUAGAGCUUUGCUACCAAAGAACAUGCAGGGAGACCGAAGUAAACUGUGGACCUAGUUCUACACAAUGCAUCCCCCUUUUUUGGGUGUGUGAUGGUGAAAAUGACUGUGACAGUGAAGAGGAUGAAGCGAACUGCCAGAAUGUGACCUGUAGUCCAGCUGAGUUCACUUGCUCCAAUGAUCGCUGUAUUUCCUUUAGCUUUUACUGUAAUGGUCACAAAGACUGUACUGAUGGAAGUGAUGAAGUAAACUGCACUCCUCCAACAUGCGGUGCUCACGAGUUUCAGUGCAAGAACUCUUCCUGCAUACCACUGAGUUGGGUAUGUGAUGAUGAUGCAGACUGUGCUGACCACUCAGAUGAGUCUCUAGAACAGUGUGGCCGCCAGCCAGUUACGCCCCAUAGGUGUACCCCCAGUGAGAUUCCUUGUGGCUCUGGAGAAUGCAUUCACAGGAAAUGGCGGUGUGAUGGCGAUGCGGACUGCAAGGAUAAGAGUGAUGAAACAAACUGCCCACCUCGUACAUGUCAGCCUGACCAAUUUAAAUGUGAAGAUGGGAACUGUAUACAUGGCACUCGACAAUGUGAUGGUGUGAGAGACUGCCUUGAUGGCACUGAUGAAAUUCGCUGUAAAAAUGUCAUUCAGUGUUCAGGACCUGGUAAAUUCAAGUGCAGAUCUGGCGAAUGCAUCAGUUUAAACAAGGUUUGCAACCAGGAGUUUGAUUGCAAAGAUGGCAGCGAUGAACCCGCAAAGGACUGUGGUUUAAAUGAAUGUUACGUCAAUAAUGGUGGUUGCUCUCACUACUGCCGAGAUCUGGUUAUUGGCUAUGAAUGCGAUUGUCCAGCUGGCUUUGAACUGAUUGACCGAAAGACAUGUGGUGAUAUUGAUGAAUGCCAAAAUCCAGGCAUUUGCAGUCAAAUAUGUGUCAAUCUGAAGGGAGGCUACAAGUGUGAGUGCAGCAAAGGGUAUCAGAUGGACCUAUACACAGGAGUGUGCAAGGCAGUAGGUAGGGAACCAAGUCUCAUAUUUACAAAUCGCAGAGAUAUCCGGAAAGUUGGACUUGAAAGAAAGGAAUAUAUUCAGUUAGUGGAACAGUUGCGGAAUACAGUUGCCCUGGAUGCUGAUAUUGAAGGACAAAAUCUGUUCUGGGCUGACAUGAAUCAAAAGGCAUAUUUCGCUUCAGUGGAUAUUCGUGACAGAGUAGGACAGCAUAUGAAGGUUGUAGAAGGCUUGCACACUCCUGCAGCCAUUGCUGUUGACUGGGUCUACAAGAACAUUUAUUGGGCAGAUGUUGGCUUGAAGACCAUCUCCGUGUCCAAUUUCAGUGGCUCUAAAAAGAGGGUCUUAUUCAGCACAGAGUUGAUUGAUCCAUCAUCCAUAGCUGUUGAUCCAAUAUCUGGAUUUAUCUACUGGUCAGACUGGGGAGAAGCUGCUAAGAUUGAGAAGGCUGGAAUGAAUGGAAUAGACAGACAGCCACUGGUUACAACAGAUAUCCAGCGCCCAAGUGGAAUUGUUUUGGAUUUGGUGAAAAGUCGUCUCUAUUGGCUUGAUCUGAAGCUGCACCAGCUCUGUAGUGUGGAUCUAAAUGGCCAGGACCGCCGGAUUAUCUUGAAAUCGCAUGAAUUUCUGGCUUAUCCCCUUGCCCUUACGAUUUUUGAGGAUCGUGUUUACUGGGUGGAUGGUGAAAAUGAAGCAAUCUAUGGUGCAAACAAGUUUACUGGACAAGAGAUUGAAACCUUGGUCAACAACUUAAAUGAUGCUCAAGACAUUAUAGUAUACCAUGAACUUGUACAGCCUACAGGGAAAAAUUGGUGUAAUGAGGAACUAGAAAAUGGAGGCUGUGAGUAUCUGUGUUUACCUGCUCCACAGAUAAAUGAUCGUUCACCUAAAUAUACUUGCACAUGUCCUGAUGGCUCAGAGCUUUAUGAUGGCCGGAACUGUAGAAAAGGUAGUAAAGCUGAGGAACCCACUGCUGUCAUUACAGGAUUACAUCCUGAAAAAGCACUUCCAGGGGAAGGAAAUGGUAAUGCUUCAGGGCAUGAAGCAAAUCUUGCUGCCGAAGGCUCACCUGCCGCAUGGGCUAUUCUUCCUCUCUUAUUACUAGUGAUGGUUGCCACAGGAGCUUACUUAAUGUGGCGGAACUGGCAAAGGAAAAACAUGAAAAGCAUGAAUUUUGAUAAUCCCGUCUACUUGAAAACCACAGAAGAGGACCUCACAAUAGAUAUUGGAAGACACGGUGCCAGUGUGGGACACACAUACCCAGCGAUAUCUGUUGUAAAUACAGAAGAUGAUCUGUCAUGAGUAAAGCUGUACAUGGUUGGCAUUCACCAUUCUCCUUCAGUCUACACUGCUUCAACUGGAUUCUUCUGUUCUGGAUGGUAGCCAGACCAGAAGCUGAACAAAUCCUAACCCCCGUAUGUGAGGAAUUUUUUGUACAUGUCAAGCCUCUUUUAUGAAUGGACAUUGAAAUGGAAGCCUAUUGUAUAUAUUUCGUAAUAAUCUUGUUCAGCUCUUGAUGUGGUUACCAUGUAUUUAUAGCCCUCCCCAAAUUUUUUUGGUUUUUCUGUUUGUCAGUAUUUGCAAUUUCUCACACUCCCACUGACCCCAAGUACUGUAAAAAGCACUUUCCAUAAAAGCCAUACCCCCAGCAAAGAAACAUUGUGCUAUAUAUAGUGAAUUCGCAUGUACAUACUUGUAUAGACAGUUGUACAUAUCUCGAGGAGAACACAAUCACUAUUCUUAAGCACUUUGCAGUUUUUUUGAUUUGUAAAUAUGUUUCUGUAAACCUUUUUUGGGUUUUGUUAUUUUGAAAUGGUUGGGGCGAUGGCAAUAGACUAAACAAAACGGGUUAUUUAAUAUUCAAAUUGCCAAAUAAUUUCUUAACCUUAAAAUUUUGUAUGUGUGAAUGCAGCUGUAAAUCUGUCUUGACUGACCUUUUUCUAGAGGUAUGCAGAGGGUGAAUGCCCUGUCAAUAAACCACUGGAGAUUCUUUUCAAAGUAAAAAAUAAAAAUGGAUUUACAUAAAA